GCGGGUUCCGCGAGGAUUGGAUCCGUGUGUGUCGAGCUGUUCCUGGGUGUUAACGGCAGAAGAUCGGGGAGGGCUGGAGUGAUUUGUUCCCGCCUCAAACACGUUCCCUGAUACCAUUCUGAAUCAGAGGAUAUUACUUCACUGGCGACACUGACACAAAGUAACAGCCGCGCGCAGCUGUGAUACAUUGUUUCAGUCCGGCGCGGAUUAGAACUCGUUGUUACAUUGUGACAUUGCGCCGAGCUGACCGUGAUAUACUGUGUGUGCCGCGUCUGAGAUGAUGGAGCGCUGGAAGGGGAGAGUCGCGCUGGUCACCGGAACGUCCGUCGGGAUCGGAGCGGCUGUGGCUCGCGCUCUCGUCCAGCACGGCAUGAAGGUGGUCGGCUGCGCGCGGAACGUGGACAAGAUCGAGAAGUUGGCAGCCGAGUGUCAGAGCGCGGGAUACAGCGGCACUCUGAUCCCGUAUAAGUGUGAUUUGUGCAACGAGGAAGAGAUUCUGUCCAUGUUCUCGGCCAUCAAGACGCUGCAUCAGGGAGUGGACGUGUGCAUCAACAACGCCGGUCUGGCUCACAACGAACCGCUGCUCAGCGGAAGGACAGACGGCUGGAGGAAUAUGAUCGAUGUCAACAUACUCGCUCUGGCCAUCUGCACGCGUGAGGCCUACCAGUCCAUGAAGGAGAGACACGUGGAUGACGGACACAUCAUCAACAUCAACAGUAUGGGGGGUCACAGGAUGGUGCCCAGCGCUGACGAACACUUCUACUGUGCCACUAAAUACGCUGUGACCGCUAUGACAGAGGGACUGAGACAAGAGCUACGGGAGGCCAAAACACACAUCCGAGCCACGUGUAUAUCACCUGGAAUAGUGGAAACUGAAUUUGCCUUCCGGCAUCACAACAGCGAUCCGGAGAGAGCUGCAGCCGUUUAUGAAAGUAUAAAGUGUUUGAAAGCAGAAGACAUCGCCAGUGCCGUCACGUACGUCCUGAGCGCGCCUGCUCAUGUUCAGAUCGGGGACGUGCAGAUGCGGCCGGUGGAGCAAGUGUCAUAGGAACGGAUCGGGAACGGGACGACACCUGCUGGGCACAAAUAUGUAUAACACCUUGUUUUAAAGAACUGAUUGAAGGGAAUUGGUUUGGGUUUGCAGAUCGGAUCAAAUCGGAGACGGCGGCGCUGUGUGGCUCGAGCUGAUGCGGCGCUCAGACGCUCGACAGCGAGCCGGAGAGCGAGAUUACCUUGGUUUAAAUUCACAGAUGUACACAGUCUGCUAACGUCUCAAAUAUAAGGGGAAACUUUCAGGCUUUUCUAAAAACACAUGACGUCAGAAACUGGAACAAAAGAACGAAGAUUUAAUGUGUGUUACUGUCUGAUACGGUCACGUGAGACCGAUUAUACCGAGACCAGUACGCCAUGAAUUGCACAUCAUUUUUGGUCUUUUAUUUUAUUUUUAUUUUUUUUUAGGUCAUAUUACAUAUCUGUUUUAAGAGUGUGGCGAUAAGAAACAGUCGCUCGGUGCCGGUUGAGGUGAUGUUAAUUACUGUAUUAAUUUUUUCAUGAGUAUUCUAACUUGAAUUGUAUGUAGAUGUGGUUCUCAUACCUAUGACAGCUGCUGUUCGUUUGAAGCGGUGAAACGAAAUCAGUGCAGGAUUUUCAUGAGAAAGAAACCCGUUUGACUGCAGUCACACUCUGAAUCAGAAACCGGAUGAGAAAUGUUGGUUUUACAUUGAACUUUCACUGAAUGAAAGGCACGACACUGGCUUCUUUCAUUGGAAAAUAAGUACGGAAACACUGUAGUGAGGACUUGAAAAGAAAUAAUAGUUGAUAUAAUUAAUUCUUACUGAUUAAAGGUGAUUAUGAUUAUU